AUGAAAAAGAACAUUGCAUCGAUGAUGAAUACACAAUCCAUAUCAAUGUCAGAGUAUGUAUUCGCUUCGAUAGUUAAUAAAAUUUGUUAAUAAAUUGAUUUCAGACUCUUCGAUUUUUUUAAAGCUAAAAGCUUGUAAAAUGUUGAAAAUUGCCAGUAUGAGUGAACUCAGUAGUCAAUCAUUUUCUACAGACAAAAGUAGUUAAAAUAUCGUAAUUAUUAUAUUAUUGACUAAACUGUCCCUUAAGAUUUUGAUAAUAAGAAUAUUUGCGUUAUCUACGUUGCCUUUAAUGAAUUACACUGAUUGGUACUCAUUUAUAGAAUUCGAGACAAUUUUCGACGUGAUCGAUAGUUUCGAUGAUAUUUCAAUUUCAUCGAAAUUAAUCUCGUUUCACUCUGUAAUAAGAAAUACGCGUAACUUUUGAUAGCGUAUUAAAUUUGGAAAAAGAAAAGAUAACAGUACCAGACAUUUAUAAAUGAUAGUUCCAUUGAUUUCAGGUAUCGUGGGUAAGACAUCGAGACAUCCACCUGCUGACGAUCGGCCGAUACACUUACACGAGCGACCAGCGUUUCGAAGCGAUGCACACGCCGCACGCAGAAGAAUGGACAUUGAGGAUACGAUAUCCUCAGAAGAAGGAUUCCGGCAUUUACGAGUGCCAAAUAUCCACCACUCCUCCGAUCGGAUACUCUGUUCAACUGAACGUGGUUGUCACAAGCGAGAAUGAAUAAUUCUCAUCAUGAGGAACAUAACGCGGCCCUUCGUUGUUCUAAGGUUAAUCCUUUUAAGGUUGUAAGGAAAACUCGAGGUAAAGACGGAGGUUUUUCGCGUUUCAACGAGCUGCGCGAGGUGUCGCCGGCGAAAUUACAAACGCGGAUAUCAUAG